AUGACGUGGGAAGAUAUCGUAGCUGAUAAGAGAACUCGCCUUGAAGCGACCAUUCCGCAGGAAUGGCGUCUCAAAGAACUCCCAUCGCAGGACAAUGUAAUGGAUGUUCCCAAGACGUGUGGAAUCUUGACGGAUGAAGAAAUUACAAUUACGGAGUCUUCGGCGACUGAUCUAGUUGAAAAACUGGCAAAGAAAGAGCUGACUUCUGUUGCUGUUACAACUGCGUUUUGUAAGAGAGCCGCUCUUGCACAUCAACUGCUCAAUUGCAAUCUAGAGUUCUUCCCAGAUAUGGCUUUGGCGAGGGCCAAGGAACUCGAUGAACACCUGGAGAAGACCGGUAAAGUUGUCGGGCCACUGCAUGGCUUGCCUAUUUCGCUCAAGGAUCAGUUUCGUGUCAAGGGCCUGGAAACCUCCAUGGGCUACGUCGCUUGGAUUGGAAAGUACGAAGAGAAGAAUUCUGACUUGGUUGAGUUGCUUCUCAAAGCCGGUGCGGUUUUUUACGUCAAAACCAGCGUGCCUCAAAGUUUGAUGGUCUGUGAGACUAUCAAUAAUGUCAUAGGUAGAACGGUCAACCCAAGGAACAAGAAUUGGUCUUGCGGUGGCUCAUCUGGUGGCGAAGGGGCUAUUGUUGGUCUUCGUGGUGGUGUGAUUGGGGUGGGGACGGAUAUUGGGGGUUCAAUCCGUAUUCCUUCUGCUUUCAACUUUUUAUAUGGUCUGAGACCGUCGCAUGGGAGGUUUCCAUAUGGCAAGAUGGCCAACUCUAUGGAAGGUCAGGAGACUGUUCAUUCAGUUUGUGGACCACUUACUCAUUCUAUUGCUGAUAUGAAAUUAUUUGCCACGGCGGUUCUGGCUCAGGAGCCAUGGAAAUACGAUUCAAAGGUCAUUCCAAUGCCGUGGAGACAGCCAGAAGCCGACGUGAUAAAAGAAAAGAUUUCUUCGAAGGGCUUAACUCUGGGAUACUACAACUGCGAUGGCAAUGUGUUACCCCACCCACCAAUUCUACGAGGUAUCGAGACUGUUGUUUCCACGAUGAAGAAAGCCGGCCAUACAGUUCUCCCAUGGGAGCCAUACAAGCAUCCAUACGCCGUUGAUCUCAUCAACGGGAUCUACGCAGGAGACGGCGGAACCGAUGUAUUCAACACUCUCAAAGAGUCUGGCGAGCCUGCAAUCCCCAACUUUGGAGAUCUCAUCAAGCCAGACCUACCGAAGAUUGAUAUGAAUGAGCUCUGGGAAGUGCACCUGAAGAAAUGGGCGUAUCAAUCUGAAUAUCUUGAGCAAUUCCGCAUCUUCGAGGAGAAACAUGGGAAAGAACUUGAUGCUAUCAUUGCACCGAUCAGUCCCACUGCUGCUAUCAGACAUAACCAGUUUAAAUACUACGGCUAUGCUGCAGCGAUAAACCUCUUGGACUUUACCAGUGUGGUUGUGCCAGUUACUUUUGCGGAUAAGAAUAUUGAUAAGAUCAAUGAGGGGUUCAAGGCGCUUACUGAGAUUGAUAAAACUGUACAAGCUGAAUAUGAUCCGGAAGCGUAUCAUGGUGCUCCAAUUGCUGUACAGAUUAUCGGACGUCGUCUUACCGAGGAAAGAAUCAUGGCAAUUGCAGAAGAAAUUGGGAAGCUGUUGGGUAACGAGAUUACUCCUUGA